AUGAAGUUCGUUGGGUUGGUGGUGCUAGUGCUGGUGGCGGUGGCAGUCGUUCCGGGGCAAGGGUUCACUCCGGAUCGAGUUCUGGUGCGAGACAAACGGACCAUUCAGUUCCUGGUGAGCCACCUUUCGCAGUUCUUCGGGUUGAGCAAUCCGGCCAAGGGUCAAGUGACCUCCAGCGACAAGCAGGACAAUGGAAAUCCGUUGGCUCAGUUUCUGCUGUCAUCGGCAGGGAAGUUCUCCGGCGGAAGUGGCGGCGCCAAGAAGACGCCGGCCACGCCGAAGCCCUUCGUGGCUCAAUUUGAGAUUCCGAGCCCGGAACGGUUGAUCCAGGAGCCGACCCAAAACGAUGGUCCUUCCAGAGUGCCACUCUUGGAUUCGGAACCAUCCACUACGACCACAACCACGGAAGAACCCGCUCAAGAACCUUCAAGCGAAGCUCCAGCUCCACCGUCCUCGGAAGACCCUCCUACCGAAGUUCCUGAAGAAGCCCCAGAAGAACCUACCUCCGACUCCGACCCAGAACCGGAAGCCCCAACCACGAUCGACCCUGCCGCCGUAAACACGCUGGCCAACGCCGAAUCCCAAGACGACAACUCAACAGCCCAAUCCGACGACCAAUCCCCCCAAACCCCAUCCGCCAGCCAACAACCGCAGCAGUUCCAACGACCCGCCUGGAGUCCCUUCGGAGCAACUUCCUACACCAGCCACCCACUGCCCUACACGUCCUACUUCGGAAACAACGUGUUCCUCCCCGCACCCUUCAUCCCCCAGCCAUUCAGCCACUUUGGCCACUACCAGCAGCAGCAGCAGCAACCCAUCCAACCGGUGCAAUACCAUUCCGGUCAUCCGAACCUGCUGCCAGCGGCGUCCGCGACGUCCCACAGCCGGGUCAAGAUGCACGACGCACCGUUCGAUCUGGUCACCUUCCACGGGGACGCGAACGGGGCUGGGUCGUCCAGCUAUUACCACGUGAGGAAGUACUGA